UUUUUUAUACUCCGCACCUUUCCUCCUCUCCUCCACCCACCAAAACUUUUCAAUUGACACACGUCACACAUCACGCAUCAAGUCGCCAUCACAUACCAGUCAAGAUGUCGUCGGAACCCAAGUCACCGGUGUAUUUCGUGCAAUAUUUCAAGCGUAGCUCCCCCGAACUGAAGAAGCCGUCCAUCCGACUCACCGUGCUGCCCCCCGAUAUGGAGAUCACGGUCGUCGAUGACGUUUACCUGCUUCAUUCGACCACACUUAGGGAAUGUUCUCGCUUCUUCGAGACGAGCCUCUCGGUGACUUGGUGGAAACCAGAGAACACGCACAGCGGUCCCGAUGGCAUCAAAUACCGCUACAACCUUGAUUCGAAAGACAUCGGAGCAAAUCUGUUGUCCGCGGUUUUGCGGCCGGUGCCCGCUACGGCCACUUCGAGUACGAUUGGGCCGGAAGCUGCUAUGCGCAGCGAGGACCAUUCAGAGCCAGAGACAGAACCCGAGCUAGAAGACUCUAACAAGAUGCUCUCGGCGGUAACGCAGGCAUACCAACGGUUUCUUCGCCUCCUCUGCCGCAAGCGCUGCGAUUUCAGGCAGUUCCACGAAUUCAGAGAACUCGAAGACCUAGUCCAACUUGCCGAUCUCUAUUGCGCCCUCCCAGCUGUUUCCGUUGCGAUCGAACAACUGACGAUCCUCGUCUCGCUGAACGUCGAAGCAUUUCAAAUCGAUGCACCGUCAUUGAUGUGUGUCGCCCUGAAGAUUCGCUCGAAGCUUCUGAUCAGUGCACCAUUUGUUCGGCUCGUUAACGACAUUAUUUACACAUACGAUGAACAAUUUGAUGAGAAGCUGCAAAGAAUGGGGUGGCCGUGGCUCGAGGGGCCGGUGAAACUCCGGGAUUACGCGAUGCGCGAGGCGUUUCGAAUAAUGCAGCUGCGAGCCAGGAUUGACAGGGCAGUGACAAAGUUUGCGGCGCGGUCCAGUAUUUCGAAUGGGUUUGGCACAUCGGCUGGUUAUGUAAUGUCGAAUAGUGUUGUAAACAUUUGGGAGAGUUCAACACCCAGGAAUGAAGGGACGGCAUACCGAGCCAUCUACGACCUCAUCAACCCCCACCUUACGACGGGUCAUGAGUUGGAAAAAGACCUCAUUUCUAUCAUGGAGAAUAAUAUUGGUGUUAUGGUGAGCAGCUACUCAUCUAAGGAGGAAUUAUCUUGUGCCAAGUUUCGUCACGAUAUAGAUUAUCCAUGGGACGACUCGGAGGAUUGGUGAAAAGCCAAGUCGUUUCUUCUUUUCUUGCUUUGGUCAUUCUUUCUCAUUUUAUCUUUCUUUGGGUAGUUUUUUAUCGCUUCUUCCUUUGCCGUAAAGCGCCAGCCAAGUACGCGUAACGACUCCAUUUGUUUUGUCCAGCAGCAGAUACUUAUUUGUCAUACAAACAGUUCUCUUCGUCUACCGUUAAUAUUUUCUUACUAUGCUUCUGAUGCAACUUACUUCUAUAGUGAUCGUGUUGAGUGUCGUACGGAGGGCUUAGGAGCUUACUGGAACACGAGCUCAAGCGGACUUUCCAGGUGCUAAUUCUCACACGUAAACUCAGUUUGCAAGCUGCGUGGGUCUCGACCGAGAGAGGUGUGUGUCAUCGUCUGCAGUAGGUUCGUACUUACAACUCGUGAGCCAAUGUAAUGGGAG